GCGGCGGCGGCGGCGGCGGCGGCGGCGGCGGGUCCCGAGCGUGACGUCACCACGCCCCCCCCCGGUUAUGCCGCGCCCCAAGGACCGCAGCCCCCGGCGCCGCGGCCCCCCCCCGGUCUCCCCCCGGCCCUCCCCGAGGCGGCCGCGGGCGCCUUCGCCCCCGCGUCGGCGGCGGCGGUACCGGCCGGGCCAGCUGGCGUUGAGGGAGAUCCGCAAGUAUCAGAGCACCACCAACCUGCUGCUGCGCCGCCAGCCCUUCUGCCGUGUGGUGCGGGAGAUCUGCCUGCUCUUCACGCGGGGGGUGGACUACCAAUGGCAAGCCAUGGCACUGCUGGCCCUACAAGAGGCGGCGGAGGCUUUCUUGGUGCGCCUGCUGGAGGACGCCUACCUGUGCUCGCUGCACGCCCGCCGGGUCACCCUGUACCCCAAGGACCUGCAGCUGGCCCGGCGCCUGCGGGGGCUGGAUGGGGGGGGGAUCUGAGUGUGUGUCUCCCCCCACCCCCCCACCCCAUAGACCCCCCCCUCCCUCUUUAAUAAAGGAACAAUCCCCCUUUUUUCAUAA